AUUGUGAUCGUAAAAUGAAACUUAUAUUGCGGCUGGUAAUUUAUGUAUGUAUUUAUUCUAAAGUGAGUUGUUAGAAGACGAUUCUUAAAAGUCCAGAAGCGGGAAUAAAUCGUCGAGAUGACGUCAUUAGAUUUAUAAUCAGGACCAGUCCAGGAAAAAAUCCCGAAUUCGGUUUAAAAAGUGAAGAUAACUUUUUGCAGACCAGCCCGUUGAUGUAAUCAUCAAACAAUAGUUGUAUUUGUUGUUUGAGUCGCUGCCCUUUUCUAUCACACAUCAAUGACUCACUGCCAGCACAUAAAUACAAAACCAUACACUACGAGGAAAGCCACCAAUACAUCAGAAAGUCUGUGACACGCCACCAAAACAACUAGGUGGACUUGGAAAAAAAAACCCCAUAAUGACUGCACUGUCGUUCCUGUGUCCCGUGGAGGUGGGGGUGGUCACAUCAGGAGGACUUAACGCUCUACUGCACAAAUACACCUUGGAAGGAAAUCUGUCCAAACUGAAGAAACUGCUUCAGACAGGUGUCGAUGUGGACUGUGUGAAUCACCUGGGCCAGACUCCACUGUUCUGUGCUGCUGUUCUGGGUCACCUGAAGGUGACAGAACUGCUUCUGUGUUACGGAGCUGAUCCCAACCAUCGCUGUGAGGACUGGAGCACUCCACUCCAUGCAGGUGUAUUCUCCUGUAGUGCUUCUGUGGUGAGUUCUCUGUUGGACGCCGGAGGAGAUCUAAGACGCCACGACGCAGAGGGCAGAACUCCUUUUGAUUGGCUUAAGAUUGUAAGGCAAAGAGACAAGGCUCAGAUGGUGAACUUUCUGGAAAACUGCAUUUCCUGCAUGCAGCAUCUUUGUACCAUGUCAUUAACGAAGACCCAGACCAAUAUGUCAACAUCUGUGCUUCUACAACCGGCGUCUUUAUUGGAUCGUAUAAAAACAUGUGGUUCUGAAAUGCAGUACCAAAGAGGGAGAAACCUCAAGUUCUCCUGUACCACAGCUCAGAAUCUGGGCUUUGGAAAGGUGUGUGAGAACAGGCCGUGCCAGGUGUGGGCUGUACCAGCGUCGAUUCCUCUCAUCAGUGACUGUCAUCUGACGUUGGCUGAUGAUGGAACUCCCUUCUCUUUCACAUGUGGCUCCUUGACCUCACUGACAAGUUACAGCUGGAGAGGUUCCAGGGUGACAGUGAAGAAGCUGCUGGACGGCAGUGUCAACUACUUGGACCUUCUGAUCUCAGAGCAGGACUACUGCAGCCAGCUGUUCCAUCCACACCUGCUGCAGCUGAUGGGAGUGAGUCUGUCUGAAGAUCUGCUGAAGACCAGCCUGGUGUUUGAGCCGGUCUCUGAUGGCACACUGCACCACCUGCUGCACAACAGGCGUGUGGAGUUCCCUGUGCUGCCAGAGAAGUGGCUGCUCUCAGUGAUGCUGCAGGUUUGUGAAGGGCUGCAGUACCUCCACAGUCAUGGUCUGGUGAUGAGGGCGCUGUCAUCUCACAGUGUGGUCCUGACUGAGCUAACAGUAGCCAAACUAACAGACUUAGGCUUCAUGGUCCCCAGCCAAGACAGUCCAUGUGUCAGGAGCUACAGACACGUGGCCCUCCCCCUCAGCCUCUGCAGAUGGGCUGCACCAGAGGUUGUCAGACAGAAACCCUGCACACAGAAGGCUGACCUCCACAGUUUGUCUGCUCUGAUCCAGGAGCUGUACACAGACACUGAACCGUGGGGUGCUAUGAGCCUGGACAUGAUUAAAAAAGCAGUGGAUGGCGGCCAGUGUUUGGCAGCAGACAAAGACAUUCCACAGCCCUACUUUGAUGUGGUCGUGAAAGGCCUGCAGUGGCUCCCACAGGAGCGCACGUACGGCCUGGAGCACCUGUGUCAGAUACUGCAACAGGAUAUCAAGAGGCUGUCUCUGGAGGAUCAGCUGGCCAGGAGGCUGAGCGCUUAUCCAGAACCAGAUCUGGGGCCUGGGAUCACAAGACGACAGAGAAAAGUUGGAAAACCACUACAGAGCGUUGUUUUCAGAGAUUUAGAGCAGGAGGACUUUGAGUCUGAGGACAGAUGGAGACACGUGGACGGACUGAUGUAUGUGAAGAAGCAGAAAGAAGGAAGAGAUUGUGUUAAAGACUGUUACACAGACACACCCUCCACAGAGGAGACUGAGACAGAGACGGAGACGGAGGUGGAAGUGAAGCUGCCUCAGACUCCUGUGGAUCAGCUGAUCAACACUCUGGUGGUCGACCUCAAAGUGUCUCAGGAGCUGCUGAAACAGGCCAACUGGAGCCUGGACAGUUUGGAGGGGGAUCAACCUAAACCACUGAGGAGGCUCAGAGAGGGGCCUGCCACAGCACCCUCUAGUGGCUCCUCUAGGUCACCCCUCUCUAGUCCUGCAGUUGGACCACCCUCAGAGCAGUACAGUCUCUCACCACAAAGACAGGACUGGACAAAGAACCUGAAGGUUCAGCUCCAGACCAGAGACUGGAGGCUGCUGGACCAUGGGGAGCUGGACCAGUGGCUGAGUCAUUAUCCACCUGAAACACUGCAGAACUCUGAGCAGGACCAGCUGCUCCAGAUCCCUUCACAGUCAGUACAAACUGACCAGAGCUUCAAGCUGCAGAUGUUUCAGACCUGCAGAUCUGCACCUCCCAGUUCUGACAGCACCAAAUAUGAAAAUGGUCCAGAUCCCUGUGAGGAAACACGUGUGGACAACAGUGGAACACACACACUGUACACAGCCAACACUCACAUGUCUCCAUCAGACUGGUGUGUACUGGCUGAACUCUCCAGCAUCACAUGCUCCCCAACAGAGCCUGAGGACAAACUCAGCAGCAGACCCCCCCCUCCCUGUAACAGUACUCCACGUCCUCCAGCGCUGACACACACACACACACAGACAGGUGUGGAGGCCACGUCUCAGCCUCCAGCUCUCACAGCAGACUCCGUCCUCAGUCUUCAGGGAGUCUUCACGGCUGGUCAGGAGGACAGUGAGGACCAACAGGAGCGAAGCCCCAGGUGUCCAGAUGAGAGCAGCAGAGAGACGGAGGUUGAAACUGACGUCAAGGAAAAAGAAGAGUUUGAGAAAAUGAACAACGAGUUACAUGACGUUCUUCAGGAGGAGGAUGUUGGUGAAAUAGACGGAGGAGAGAGGAGUGAGGACGUGAGGCAGGACUGGGGGGAGUCACAGAGGGCAGAAGAAGAAGAAGAGUUCAGAGACUCUCUGAAGCCACUGGACAGUUCUGUUUGGUCAGAUGACACCAACAGAGCUCACGCCACCCUUGAUGAAGUCCUGCAGCAGCUUGUUGUGAACAGAUCGACACACAGGCCUGGGCUGAGGACAUUUGUAGGAGAAACAGACUCUGAAUGAACCAAACAACAGGAAACGAAGAGUUAGGGUUGAAAAAUGAUGUUAGUGUUCAGAAAGAGCUGUUCUGAUUCAACCACCGUUCAGUGUGAGUUCUCUUUAACAGCUGUUGACGUUGACGUUUGUUGUUCCGAGGAGUGGAACCUGUGAACAGGUUCAGGUGUCACUCCAGUUUCAUGACGAUCAUCUGAAUUAAACGCAGACAGACCAAAACUGUUUGCAGUUUGAGUCUUUAUUUACAGUUAGUAUGACUUUAAAUAUAUACAGAAUUAUCUUCACCACAGCCCACGGGGUUCAAGGUCAGGGUCGGGGUCGCCCUCUGGUCACUGAUGAAGUCCAGUUGUACAAAGUUCAAAUAGUUCAGCGUCUCUGACCCUUUGUUGAAGACAUGGAACUUUUCUUUCCCUUUGUCCCUGCUGGCAGCCAUGAGGAUGAAGAAAGAAGUCACACUUCCUCUAAAUGGAA